AUGCCGAAGCGCAAGCGCGGGUACACGGCGGAGGAGGAGGCGAAGCGGCUGCUGAACCAGUGCAGCAAGCACGGUGACCUGCGCACGGCGCUGGCGCUGUUCGACGCGCACGUGGCGGGCACGGGGCCCGCGUUCAAGACGUACGAGUUCAACAUCGCGCUCUACCUCUGCGCGCUCGUCGCCUCCUCGGGGGAAGUGGGCUCCGUCCCGCAGGGGGGGAAGGGGAAGGACGGGGGCAAUGGGGCAGGAGCAGGAUCAGGUGGGGAAGACAGCAACGCGGCAGGAGGGGGAGGGGGAGGGGAGAAGGAGAAGUGGAGCAAGGAGGAGGCGAAGGCGGUGGCGGCGGCGCGCGGAAUGGACGUUUGGGCGGACAUGCAGCGGAGGGGCGUUCCGCUCAACGAGGCCACCUUCACCGCCCUCGCGCGCCUGGCUUCCGCGCGCGGCGACGCUCCUAUGGCGUUCCGCGUGGUGCGCGACAUGGCGGAGCAGGGCGUGCCCCCGCGCCACCGCUCGUACGACCCCGCGCUGCUCGCCUUCUGCCGCCAGGGGGACCUGCGCGGCGCGGAAGAGGUUUUUCAACACAUGGCUGCCCGCGGGCUGGCCGCGCUGCCCGAGCAGGUCGCAGCCCUGCUGGACGUGAGCGUGCGCGCGGGCAGCCCGGGCAGCGUGUACAAAAACAUUCAACGAAUGCGGAAAGUUGCGCGCGGGCUGCCCGAGGACGUGAUUGGGACGCUGAGGGCGUGGUUUGAGUCUGAACGUGCGAGGCAGGAGGGUGUGGAGAGCGAGGGGGAGGCAAGGGCGGAGGGGGCACAGGAGGCGGGCAGCAAGGACGCGGACGCGGAGGGGGAGGGGGAGAGGGAGGCGCGGGGGGAAGGGGCAGAGGAGGGGCGGAAGGGGUGGACGCAGGAGGAGGCGGAGCGGACAAUGGCAGUGAACGGGGGUGGAUGGCACGGGCUGGGCUGGGCCAUGCACAGGGGGGACGCGGCUGGGGGAGGUGCAGAGAGAGCGCAGAGGGGCUCAUGGCAGGUACAGGACGUGCGGGUGGACGAGGGGGGCACGUGCAGCGGGUGUGGCACCCGUCUGGCCACCAUCGACCUGGACGACGCGGAGACGGAGCGCUUUGCGCGCGCCGUGGACGCACUGGUGGAGGCGAGGGGCAAGGCGCGCGAGCUGGCAGCGUUCAAGGCGUGGCUGGCGCGGCACGGGCCGUUCCCUGCCGUGGUGGACGCGGCCAAUGUGGGGCUGUACAACCAGAACUUCGCCCAGGGGGGCUUCAACUUCUGGCAGCUCCACUCCAUCGCCAAGGCUGUCGCCGCCCUGGGGCCCGCAGGCUCGGGUGGAGGUUCGGAGGCAGGUUCGGCGGCGGCGCCCCCUCGGCUGCCGCUGCUGGUGGUGCAUCACAAGCGGGUGAAGGGGGGCCCGGCAGCAGAGCCGUUUGCACAGCAGUGCCUGGCGCAGUACGAGCAGCAGCACUGCCUCUUCACCACCCCCACUGGCGCCAAUGACGACUGGUACUGGCUGUACGCGGCCAUAUCGAUGCGGUGUCUGGUGGUGAGCAACGAUGAGAUGCGCGACCACAUCUUCCAGACGCUCGGCGCCGACUACUUCUCGCGCUGGAAGGAGCGCCACCAGGUGCGGUUCACGAUGACAGCGCAAGGACCAGUACUGCGCAUGCCACCCAACUUCUCCUUCGUCAUCCAGGAGUCAAGCAAUGGCGGCUGGCACUUCCCCAAGGCGCACAGCGCAGGGGGGCAGUGCGGGGAGGGCGGGAGGGAGAAGGGGGAGAAGGGAGAGAACGGGGAGAAGCCGGCGGAGGGGGGAAUGGGAGUGGAGAUGGGGGGAGAAGGUGAGGGGGAAGAAUGCGGGAAGGAAGGGAGGGAAGGGGAGGGGGCAAGCGGAGAGAGUGGAGGGGGGGUGUUUGACAAGUGGCUUUGUGUGCAGUGGAAGAAAGAGUAA